AUGGUGAGUUUCAUAAAGGCGUGGGGUUUAGUGAUCGUCUCAUUGUAUUACGCUUUUUUCGUUGCCAAAUUGGUUCCAAAAGGAAUCAGAAGGCUGAUAUAGACUGUAAUACAGUUCAUACCUGUCUCGCUCAUUUUCUUUAUGGUUCCUGUACCAAUAUCGGUGGCUUUCUUCAUAGCUUGGCUUGCUAUUUUCAAGCUCUUUCUCCUUGCUUUAAGUCGAUGUCAUCUCUCUUCAAAUUCUAGACUCUCUCUCUCUCUCUCUCUCCCUAUUUCCUUAGCUGUUUCUUACUUGCCCAUCAAGAUUCAGCUGUGCCCUAAACCUACCACAUCACACUCCCAUGGAUGAUCCAGGGAGGGUCCCUUGAAUAAUACCAUAAAGGCGGCUCUUUUUGUUCUCCCCGAGAAAGCCGUAUUGACUCUCCACGCGAUUCAUACCUAUUUCGCCCUCGAGCUCAUCCCAACUGCUACGGCCACCGUGAUUCAAGCAAUGUCAGGUCUUGAGCUCGAACCACAGUUCAAACGUAACAAGCUGUAUCUAGCGACAUCACUUCAGGAUUUAUGGGGGAGACGAUGGAAUCUGACGGUCACCGGAAUCCUAAGGCCUACCGUGCGCGAACCGACGGUUCAUCUGUUCUCUGUCUUGGGGCAGAACUGGUCUCGGGCUCUUGGUGUUUAGGCAAUGUGGUUCUUUCUUAUAAGCGGACUUUGCACAACGGUGGAGAUCACCAUUAAGAAAACCGCCGGAAGGUGGAGAUUCCCGACAGAAAUCAGUCAGGUUUUGACAAUUGGGUUUGUGAUGGUGACUGGUUUGUGGCUUUUCUAACCAGAGUUUAAACGGUGCAACAUAUUUGAGAGGGCUCUUGAAGAGUAUGCAUCCAUAGGCGCGGUUGCAGCCGCGAUCAGGAAGAGCAUAACAGCAUCUUGAGUGAUCUCUAUUGUGACUUAUU